UAGGCUGGCCAUCCUCACAGUGGCUCUGAAAGCAGCGGGAGAGGCAGCUGAGGGAUCCUAGCUGAUCGGGAGUCCAGGUGAAAACAGGCUAGAGGCUGCGUCGAUGGGAGGCUGGCAUGUCACAAGUCUGAAUGCGGAGCAGGGGAGGGGGCCAGGCAGGCAGGAUUGUAGUUGGGCUGUUUGGUUGAUGAAGGGGGUCAGCGUAGGCAUGUGUCAUCAUCGAGGUAGGCAGGGAAGGGGAGGGCUGUGCGUGGGGGAAGGAUAUAUAUGCUGGUGUGGCUGACACAGAGGAACAAGCCUCACAUCUGAGAGAACCCUGUGACGGACAGCGUCAGCCUCUCGCUUCCCACUGCUGCACCAUGAAAAUCCUCUUUGGUGACGUUCUGCUGCUCAGCCUGCUCUCCAGCGUGUUCAGCAGCUGUCCCAGGGACUGCCUCACCUGCCAGGAGAAGCUCCACACAGCUCCAGACAGCUUCAACUUGAAGGUGUGCAUCCUCCAGUGUGAAGAGAAGGUCUUCCCCCGCCCUCUCUGGACUGUAUGCACCAAAGUCAUGGCCAGUGGCUCUGGGCAGCUCAGCCCUGCUGACCCAGAGCUCGUGUCAGCUGCUCUUUACCAGCCGAAGGCCUCGGAGAUGCAGCACCUAAAGAGAAUGCCGCGUGUCAGGAGCUUGGUGCAAGCGCGAGAUGCAGAGCCUGAGGCAGAUGCUGAGCCUGGGGCAGAUGCAGAGCCUAGCACAGAUGAUACUGAGGAGGUGGAGCAGAAGCAGCUGCAGAAAAGGUUUGGGGGCUUCACCGGGGCCCGGAAGUCAGCCCGGAAGUUGGCCAACCAGAAGCGGUUCAGUGAGUUUAUGAGGCAGUACCUGGUCCUGAGCAUGCAGUCAAGUCAACGCCGGCGCACCCUGCACCAGAAUGGUAAUGUGUAGCCAGAAGGAGCCCCUCCCAGCUGCACCGGCCACUGCAACCCAUGAGCAUCCAGGUGAUCCCCCGUACAGCAUGUGUCCACUCCAAGACCUGCAGGCUGGGAGUCAGGAUUCCUCCCUCCCCGAGGCACUGAGCACCCACAGCACCUCCCUGCCCAGUUGUUGUUGCCCCUCCCCCAUGGCAUGUCUCACCACGAUCCUGUUGCUACAUCAGAGUGUAUUUUUGUAAUUCCUCCAGCUAACAUUUUAAUGGCCCCAUCUUCUCUCUCAUCUUCUGCCCUCUCAUAGGGCCAGGCGAGAGGAACAUGAAAUCAGACCCGGGGUUUUGCCUCUUCACUGCCAUAACUUGUUUGUAAAAGAGCUGUUCUUUUUGACCGAUCGUUUAAAACAACUUUCUCCAUUAAACUUCUACUGAGCAAAUGGUUAAUAAACUUGCUGCCUUUUUUUUUUUUUUUUUAAUUUAACGUAUGUGAAUGCACUGUCUUCAAACACACAUUGGAUCCCAUUACAGAUGGUUGUGAACCACUAUGUGGUUGCUGGGAAUUGAACUCAGGACCUUUGGAAGAACAGUCAAGUGUUCUUAACCGCUGGGCCAUCUUUCCAGUUGCCUGAUUUUUUUUUUUAAGCGAUGCCAUAAAGAGGCAUGCAUGGACUCUGUGAGCACACACUUUGAGAAGCCACCUCUCCCAGAGCUGGAAACUCCUAGGUUGCUAUGCGUAACUAUAAAGUUGGCAAAGGAGAUGCUGGGACAUGAACAUACCGAAGACAAUAGGCACGGUGAAGCCAGAUGUAAAUGGCAGUGUGCACGUAUGAGCAAGGGCUGGAGAGG